UCGUUGGGCCUGAUUUUAUCCCAAAUAAAACAGACGGAGUAUAAAUUGGGCCUAAGCUAACGAUUUCAAGAUCCAACGGCUGGGAGCGGGAGAUCACCAGAUGAAAACCCUAAUUAAAAGAAGAGAAACCCUAGAGCGCCCGGGCUCUUUCGUUCUUUCCUUUCUCCAUCUCUCCCUCUCUUCCCCCGGCUGCCGAACCGCCGAAGGCCUCCCUCCGGCCGUCGCCCCUCCGUCGAAGACCGGAGCCGGCCAUUGCCUCCCUCUGCCGAUUGCCGCUGCUCUGAAGGUUAUCAGGUUUUCAUGGCGGAAGAGGAGCCACAGCCCCUCACUUAUGUCCAUGAGACGGUGCUAAAGAAGAGGAAAAACAAUGAAGAAUGGGCUAUCAAGAGGAGGGAGCAAUUGGAAGCACGAAAGAAAAGAAACAAAAGGGACUUGAAACUCGCAAUCAAAAGGCCCGAGGAGUUUGUCAAGGAAUACCGUGAUAAAGAAUUGGACCACAUUCGGAUGAAACAAAGACUGAAGCUGCGGAAAUUGGCUUCUGACAGUCUUAAAUCUGAGUUACUUUUUGUUAUUUGUAUUCGUGGCUCAAGGGACAUGCAUCCUAGAACCCGAAAAAUCUUGGACUUGUUGAGGUUGAGACAUUUUUUAAGUGGUGUAUUUGUGAAGGCCAGUGAAGCGACUUUGAAAAUGUUACUCAGUGUAGAGCCAUUUAUCACCUAUGGCUAUCCUAACUUGAAGAGUGUGAGGGAGCUGAUCUACAAGAAGGGCUGUGGAAUGAUAGAUAAGCAGAGGGUUCCUCUCACAAAUAACAAUGUUAUUGAGCAGGCACUUGGAAAGUAUGGCAUCAUCUGUAUUGAAGAUAUCGUGCAUGAGAUUGCUACGGUGGGAUCACAUUUUAAAGAGGUGACCAAAUUCCUGUGGCCAUUUAAGCUUAAAGCCCCUGAGAGACGUCUGCAGUUGAAGAAAAAACCCCACAAGGAUGGUGGUGAUUCAGGCAAUCGUGAAGAGCGCAUCAAUGAACUCAUAGAUAAGUUCAAUUAAGGUGGUAUUUGGAGAUGCAUUAACGGCAUUCAUGUGAUGUAGCUUGACCAUCAUCAAUAGUCUUAAAAUUGUGAUUGAAAUCAGAGAUCUUAUUAUAUGUUUAUGGUAUUUGAACAUAUAUUCUCUGAUCCAUGACAAUUUUUCAUCUUUCUCCUAAGUUUUUUUCUUUCACUUUUGUAAUAGAUGUCAAGAAUUUAGCUGUUGAAGCCUGCAACUUAUGCCUGGUAUUUGUCUUGUUCAAACUUCGAGAGCAAUUCAUCGGUGAAUUAGUUGAUUAUUCUUGUUUUUGAGCUUAA